AUGGUCAUAUCCAUUUCAGCACUCCCCUCGAAGCCAGUUCAUUUUUUAGUCGUUAUAAGGAUGUCACUAUGGACGGACCCCAGAAUAUUGCAAUUAGGAUUAGCGCCUCAUAUUAUUUCGGCACAAACGGAAGGUCAAUUAUUUGAAGAAGGCAAAAAACCUAAACCUGAUUCUGCUUCAACUUCAGUAGAAAAAGCGCUUGAAACCGAGGAACAACAAGGAAAACAACCUGAAAUUCGAAAUCACGAAGAACUCAAGAAAGCCCCCGAAGAAAAAUCUGAAGAGGAAAUAUAUAAUGAUGAUAUUCCCUUCGCUAUAAGUGAUGAAAAUCAUAAAGAAGAACUCCAACCUGAAAUUGAGGAACAACGAGCCCCUGAAGAAAAAUCCGAAAAGGAAAUUUAUAAUGAUGAUAUUCCCUUCGCUAUAAGUGAUGAUGUUGAAAACGGAACUAUACAUGUAUUCAUUCAGACCCCUGGCCUUCAAUCAAAGGAGGGUCUUACGAUUGAUAUUGUAGAUUGUGACAAAAUUACUAUCACAGCAAAGUUUCAAACUCUCAUCAUACCGGGAACAAUUAUUGUUAAUCAUCUUCCGAAAGACUUCAGCCUUAGUGAUUCCUCUAAAAUCGGUCCAGUCAAUUCGCCCAAAGCUAUGGUAAUAGCUAUUCCUCAACCCAAUAGUCCAUCCAAUUCAUGA